UGAAGGCAUCUCAUCUGGCUGGCUCGUCUCGUCUCGCUCGCCUCGACUUUCAAGCCAAAGCGUACAGCUACAUACCUAGCGUAUCUACAUAUACGUACAAUACACACAUCCAUACUGGGUCUCCGUGUAUGGCCCGCUUGUAGAAAUUGAGAAUGCGCUUUUGCAUUUUUCUAAUUAUUUAUACUUUUAUUUGAUUAUUUAAUAGCUUUCUCCCUUCUGUCUUCUCUUGUGUUGUCAUUAUGGAAAGCCUUGGUGAAGAUCGUGGAAAUUUAAAAGAAUUUCUUCAAGAAGCUGAGCUUGAGCAGUAUUAUGAGCUAUUCAGAGAUAUACUGAAAGUCAGCAAAGUUUCACAGUUGAAAUUUGUGGUAACAGAAGAUCUAGGCCAAAUAGGAUUGUCUAAACCUGAACAACGGCGUUACAAAAAAAUAUAUUCAAAAUAUUUUCCGAAUCCUUAUAUAUCUAAGAUUAGAAAAUUAUUAAGUUCAAACAAAAAACAUGAUCCAUUUUCACAAGGACAUAGCUCAUUACCAUUGGACUUCCAGCCAUUUUCUGACAGCAAUGUCAAGGUACCGACAAAACACAUCAUAUCUAUCGAAGACAUCACCAUCAACAAGGAGUUGGGGAUGGGCCAAUUUGGAGUCGUUCAACAGGGAACCUGGAACACCGGCAGUCAAAGGUUACAAGUGGCUAUCAAAUGCUUGGGCCAUGAGCGUAUGACAUCAAACUCCACAGAAUUCCUAAAAGAAGCAGCGGUUAUGCAUAGUAUAGAACACCCGAAUAUUGUCAGGCUUUAUGGUGUUGUGUUACACUUGGACUCAUUGAUGUUGGUGACAGAGUUGGCCCCUCUGAGAUCCCUCUUAGAAUGCCUCCGCGAGGUAUCUUUGAGACCAAACUUUCCGGUGCCAAAUCUUUGCGAAUUCGCCGAACAAAUCUGUGAUGGCAUGACUUAUCUUGAAAACAAAAGACUGAUUCAUAGGGACUUAGCAGCAAGGAAUAUUUUAGUAUUUAGCAAAGAUAGAGUAAAAAUAUCGGAUUUCGGAUUAUCUAGAGCACUAGGCGUUGGGAAGGACUACUACCAAACGAAUUACAAUGUAAAUCUCAAAUUGCCUGUUGCUUGGUGCGCCCCGGAGUGCAUCCUAUACUUAAAAUUUACGUCGUCUAGUGACGUAUGGGCAUUUGGAGUGUGUCUUUGGGAAAUGUUCACAUACGGUUUCCAGCCAUGGGCAGCUUUCUCCGGACAGCAAAUAUUGGAGGCCAUUGAUGCUCCAAACUUCCAGAGACUAGAGCGACCAGAGUGUUGCCCAGAUGAAUAUUACACAACCAUGUUGGAAUGCUGGUCGCAGGAUCCUAACGACAGGCCAAAAUUCAAAGACUUAGGGCCCAAACUGAGGGAUAUACGACCAGAACAGGUUCAAACUACAGUUAAUUUUCAAAAAUCGGAAGAAGGAAGGCGAAGCAAUUUCCUCGAAUAUAAAUCUGGUCAAAUAAUCACUGUAUUGGGCAAAGAAAAUAUGACAAAAAGCUCGAUGUGGUAUGGAGUACUACCAGGCGGGGCAUGUGGUAUGUUCGAUCCGAUGCAAACCAAGCCUUACGUAAAAGAGAAACCUCUGUCGCUGGCGUCUCUGUCACCCCAUCCGCCCCGCGCGCGCUCCCUACGCUCCUCUCUCCUCCGUUCGGACGUGAAACGACACACGUAUACGGGGAAGAGAACCAUCCAACGCAACAUGAUCUCCAGCCCACAGGGAGACGUGAAGCACACGGGACACGUCGGCUUGGACGGCGCCUACUUCGGCGAUAUCUCCUUCUUGGACCCGGCUGGAUGCCCGCCUCGUCAGAUCGUGACGCCGUACAAGCCUUCCGAAGAUCUGGAACAGGUGCCGCUGAUCAACCCCAAUUCGCCCUCCCAUCUCACGGGCGCCUCGUGCACUCCGCCUUACCCUCUAUUGAGUCCUAGAAUAGACACCAGUAACUGUGAUGAGGUUGAUCUGCCAUAUCCCGAAACUAAAAAUAAGAGCCUCAAGAAAAGUCACAAGUCCAUUUUAGAGCCAACGACUAGUAAAAGUAUAUUGAACAAGGUGAAAUCUGCGACGCUGGGGCGAUCAAAUAAGACUGAUGAUUCGUCACACAAAACCGACGAGGUACACGAGUACCACGAAAUAUCCGACACUGAUACCGAGAGUACAGCCACGGAUAAUCCUAGGCCAGAAAACUUAGUAUUGCCCGAAAGUCCUGGUAUUCCAAAGGGCUAUGCAGAUUUUAGUCAAAGCUUAUUGGACGAAAUGGAAUCCAUGUUUCGGAGUCUCGAUGGUCGGCGAAAAGACGAAGGUUCUAAUAGGACUUUCGAUAUUGACAGUGCUUUAAGGUCACAUACGUUAAACAAGUUGGAAAAGAAGAAGGGCUUCCACACGGGCACCAUGAAGCCGAUGUCUGCCCACGACGAGAAGACGCUCGACACUGCAGUUGCCUUGGCGAACGAAAUCACUACAAAGUCAAUGAACGACCUAGAUGGGGACAGCAAGCUGCCGAACUCCCCGAGCGACCGCUCCAAGUUCCAUUUCAAGUUUCCGCUGGUCCCCUUCCACCACAACACUCCCCAUGAGUCCGAUAAAGAUGCUGUUGCUAAACAAGAAAGGCGCAAUUUUAGCGAGGAAGCUAACAGCGUGCCGGAUAUUCAGUCCACUAUAACUGAAGAAAGCAAGCUAGCUUACACGAGCCUCAUCGAGCAGCCGACGCCCUCGUGUUCUCUCAUAUCGACCAUGCAGGAUGCAACGCUGGCCAAAACGUCGACCGUUCCCAAACCAGCGCCGAGGACUAUAGAACCGAGGCCACAGUUUCAUUCGUUGCAGAAACAAAUGCCUAUUCGCAACAGACAACAUUCGGCAAGCGAAGCGGAGCGUGAUGCGAAACUGGCCCGUGAUAGUAAUUCACAAAACGCGCUACCUCUUCCACCGCGCACCAACCAAACGAAACUCAUUGACAAACCGAGACAUAUCAGGAGAUAUCCUCUGAAACUACCCACCAAAACAGACCCGCCCACCGGCACAGCUCAGCCAAUCAUAUACCAGAAUACCGUCAUUUUAAAAUCCAAUGAAUCUAAAAAGGAAAUAGCAGAAAACCAAAAUGGCGUCGAUGUGUUUGACGGAGUGGAGAAAUCCAAGGUUGAUACGAACCCUUUCACUAACGCGUCGGCCAAUCCUUUCAAUUGUUAUUUGAAGAAAUCUUUGUCUGAAGAAGAGAAGGCUGAGGGUGAGCAGUAUUUUGAAGAGGGAUCGUUGGUUAAAGACUGUGACCAUGUGUCCGUGGAAGAUCUGCUAGAGUUCGCAGACCAGAAGCCUUGCGGCCGCCAACGCGGCGUCGAGUCUGAUGAGGUCCGCAUCAUGUGCAAGGUGCUCAAACAACAGGUGACCCCUGAACAGUGUCUGGAAGCAUUAGAGUUGAGCGACUGGAACGUUCACAAUGCCAUUAAGCUGAUGCGCGUGAAGUUAGCAGUAGGAGAGUGCGAGCUGUCUGCGUGCGUCGCUGAACUGGGCACCGCGGGAGGGGAUAUCGGCAAGGCGUGCGCGAGACUAGUGCAAAAAACUAACGCAAUAAAUCAUAAAAAUUAUUUCGUCUUUAUUUUGUCGCUGUCCUCAUGA